AUGUAUGAAUUAAAUUAUGACAUAUUAGAGGAGUUAUUAACACUUUAUGGUAGUGUGUAUAGUCCACCAGUUGAGUUAAAGUCAAUGAAGGGUACAAUACUCACUAUGCUUAUAGAAAAUUUUGAAUAUAUUUUCCCAAAUAUUCAAGGAGAAAUUGAUGUAAUAAAACAAAAUUUUAAUGGAGCAGAGCCAUUUGAUUUAAUAAAACGUUCAGUAUUUAAAGAGUAUGUUAAGAAGAAACUAGCAGAAAUUAAUCAAGAAACAAAAGGAGAUAAUAAAAAUGAAAUAAAAAGUGAAGAAGAAAAAGAAGAGAAAAAAGAAGAUGAAAUUAAAACAAUGUUUAGAAGAAAACAAAAAAGAGUUCAAGUAGAUGAAAAAGAUUUAGAUUUUAAGCUUCAACAAUAUUAUUUAAUUGAAACAGAAGAAACAAUUGAGACAAGAAUUGAAGAACUUAAGAAACAAAUAAGUGAAUUAAAAAAUACAGUAUUAGAACAAGGAAAAACAAUUAAUAUGUUACAAAAUGAAUAUACCAAACAACACUCUAAAUGA